UGCAUCAUGGGAGGCUCCACCUCCUCCCUUGUUGAGGAGGCCGAGGGCGACGCACCCCGAGGUGCUGCACUGCCUCCGUCCCCCAUCAUGGGAUGUCUGAGGAGCAGCCAGAGCACCUCCAUCCCCCGGCAGCUUCCCCGACCCGGCCGGCACAGAGAGCGCAGUUUCUCUUCUGGUUCGAUGCCCAUGCAGAGGAGCCAGUGGGCCUGUGGCUGUUGUACCUUCCUCAACGCAGCCGGUGCCCCCCGCUGCUCCAUCUGUGAGGCCCCCCGGCGGAGAUCCGACACACGCUGGAUGUGGCACGGGACCAGCAGGGAGGACGGUGGCUGGUCCUGCCCACGCUGCACGCUGGCCAACUCUCGCGACAGUCUGGCCUGCUCUCUGUGCGGCUACAUCGGACCGAUGGACCGACCGCAGGGGUCAUCGGAAGACCAGCCCCGGCCCCAGCGCUCCAGCAGCUGCUCCGGCCCCCUGAGGCCGCCAUCGUCAUCGCAAGACAAAAAACAGCCGGAAGACGCAGAUAAAAACAGCCUGACCUGGGAUUGUUUAAGGUGCACUCUGCAGAACACCCCUACCUCCAUGUCUUGCUCCGCUUGUGGCGGACCACGCAAACUGUCUCUGCCCCAAAUCCCUGCCGACGCCCUGCUCGUGCCUGAAGUGUGCGAUCAAACAGGAGUACAGCAACAACCAGAUCCUGCAGCGGGAGCGCUUUCACUUUCCAUAUCCACACGAGGAGAGUGUUUACCGGUGGAAGCUUCAUAUCCACACACGAGCUCCUCGAUGCUCGGUGCGGCGUCUUCGGCUCACAAUAAUCCUCUUCCCUGCAGUCGCAGAGAGGUGCCCCCUCCAGAUGUCUGCCUCAGCCAAACACACAACUUAAGUCCCUCUCCGUCGACGCUCGCCGUGUCACAUCUCUCUGCCCAACCCGAGCUACUGCCCGGCAGGCGUCUCAGCAUCCUCAAGGAGGAGAUGUCUCCGCUGUCCCCCGCACCAGACGCCUCGGGGUCAUUCCCAGCAGGCGUGCUGGUUCCCGGGUCAGAAGAGUGGGCAUGUCCGGCGUGCACUCUCAUUAACAGGGUCAAAGCCAAACACUGCCUGGCCUGCCACACUCCUCAGCAACACGGGAUGCAGCUCAAACCUGAUGCGUCCCCGAAGAGGAAGGAGAGCAUGCUGGUGGAGGCGCUGCGGCAGAGCGACGAAGGAGAGGCCAAAGAGCUGUGGGAGAACAUCGUCAGCUUCUGCAGAGAGAACGCAGUGACGUUUGUGGACGACAGCUUCCCUCCCGGUCCGAAGUCCGUCGGCUUCCCGGCGGACGACAGUGUCCAACAUCGGGUCAGAAAGUGGCUUCGUCCUCAAGAAAUCAACUGCUGCAACUUGAGAGAGCGCGUCGUAAAGUGGUCCAUUUUCCGCACGCCUCGCCCAUCUGACAUCCUGCAGGGACUUCUGGGUAACUGCUGGUUCCUGAGUGCCUUGGCUGUUCUGGCUGAACGUCCCGAGCUGGUGGAGAAAGUGAUGGUGACCCGGCAGCUGUGCACAGAAGGAGCCUAUCAGGUGCGCCUGUGCAAAGACGGCUCGUGGACCACGGUGCUCGUGGACGACAUGCUGCCGUGUGACGAGAACGGUCACCUCCUCUUCUCUCAGGCGCAGCGGAAGCAGCUCUGGGUGGCUCUGAUUGAAAAAGCCCUGGCCAAGCUCCACGGUUCCUACUUUGCUUUGCAGGCGGGCCGCGCUAUCGAGGGCCUGUCCACACUGACCGGGGCCCCCUGCGAGUCGUUGGCCCUCCAGGUCAGCGCCACCAACCCGAAGGAAGAACCCAUCGACACAGACCUCAUCUGGGCCAAAAUGCUGAGCUCUAAAGAAGCAGGUUUCCUGAUGGGGGCAUCUUGUGGAGGUGGGAACAUGAAGGUGGAUGACUCAGAGUACGAGUCCCUGGGUUUACGUCCACGUCACGCCUACUCUGUCCUCGAUGUGAAAGAUGUUGACAGUCACAGGUUGCUGCAGCUGAGGAACCCGUGGGGCCGUUUCUCCUGGACUGGACCCUGGGCGGACGACUGGCCAAACUGGCCUCCGCACCUGAAGAGGGAGCUCUGCGCCCAGCGAGCUGAGGACGGCCUCUUCUGGAUGGACUUCUGGGAUUUCAUCAGGUACUUUGACUCAGUGGAUAUCUGUAAGAUUCAUUCAGACUGGCAGGAGGUUCGAGUACCGGGUGUUUUCCCCCGAGGAGCCAACGUCCCGGUGACGGUGGCGUCCAUCACGGUGCUGGAGAGAACGGCAGUGGAGCUGGCUUUAUUCCAGCAGGGCAGCAGGCGAUGGGACACAGCAGAGAGCCACCUGUUGGAUUUGUGUGUGUUGGUGUUUCGGGUCUCCUACGACAGCUCGGGCACCCUGUCGCUGGGUCGCCUGCUGGCUCACAGCCGGCGCUCGGUGAGGAGGUUCGUGGGCAGCGACGUCAUGCUGGAGCCGGGCGAAUAUGCUGUGCUUUGCUGCGCCUUUAACCACUGGCACACCGCUGUCGCAGAGGGGACGACGAGCUGCGGCAGAUCAGAGGUGCCUGGUUACAUGCUGGCGGUCUACAGCUCCAGACUGGUGAUGGUGGAGCAGGUGACGGCCUCCAACACCACCAUCGCCGACGCCAUCAUCCAGCUGACAGAAACUAAAGGAGAGAGACACGAGGGUCGAGAGGGGAUGACGUGUUACUACCUGACCCACGGCUGGGCGGGGCUCAUCGUCAUGGUGGAAAACAGACACCCGAGGCAUCACCUCCACGUGUCGUGUGACUGCAGCGACAGCUUCAACGUGGUGUCGACGCGCAGCAGCCUCAAAGCCAUCGACAGCAUCCCCCCUCUGCACAGACAGGUACUCGUGGUUUUGUCUCAGCUGGAAGGAAACGCUGGAUUCUCCAUCACACACAGGCUGGCUCAUCGGAAGGCCGUCCAGGCCUCUCUGGGAAACUGGAGUCCCUCGAAGGCGACACACAGUCCCGCUCUGAGCCCGGAGACCGCCGGUCUGCAUCAGCCCCGACCCCUCUGACCGCAGACCAGAAGAACAGACCCAAUUCAUACACGAGACCACAACAUGGAGGCAGCUUCUCUAAAAGAGCAGUCCAACACUUUAGGAAAUACCCGUCUGUCUCAUUUUAAUGAAAUAUUUUUGCAAAGAGAUGAUCAUAUUUAUUGAGCAGACUCUCUGGAGACAGAAAUAAUCUCACUGGUUGAGUCUGAUCACACAGUGGACUGACAGAGAGGUGUAACAAUGUGCCAACUCCUUUCAGAGGGACUAUAUUUAAUUCAUUAAAAAUUAUAUUUCCACUUUAUUUCAUCAACAUAGUUGGAAGUAAUUCAGGCAUCAGUUAGUUUAAGUAAUUAAAAUGUCUAUUUUGGAUAUUAGGCAAAGUUUUCCUCUCAAGCAGCGGUUCUCAAACUUUUUAUUAAUGUUGCACCUUUAUAAAAUAUUUUAUAAAUUAGGGAUGGCUCGAUAUCACUUUUCCAUGUCCGAUACCGAUGCCAAGCACUGUGAGUGUCGGAUUCAUUCAGAAAAACAUUUCAUUGCUACAUUGAAGAGUAUCUUUGUUAUUCUGUGUGUCUGCUUUUAUCUUGUUUAACUUCUUCCUCCAUGUUUUCAGCUGUAUUGCUGCUGCAUUUCAACCCCAAAUCCAUUUUCUUGAUUUCUUGAUCAUUCAGUACCGAAACUGGCCUCACAGUGAACAAACAUCGUGAACAUGAUUGCGUUUGUUGCUUUUCUUAUUCUUCUUCUGUGAGGCAGUUGACAAUUUGAAAACAGGAAUAUUAACUAUGACAUGUGGUUUGUUGAGAUUAUUGUAAUUUAAUUAUUAUAGGAGUUAUGCAUUUUAGAAUGUCAAGUUCCCCCUGCAGUACUCCAAAAGAAACCCAGGCGGACACAUACUCCCGUUUGAGAAACACUGCUCUAAAGCACUGUACUGUAUAAUCAGCAAAUUGAACUCAACAAUACUGCAGGUGAACACCAGUUAUUAGCUUAUAUAUAUGUAUAAUAUAUUGAUCAGCAGUUAUCAAAGAGCAUGCCUCUGUCACAUUCCAUAAACAUCUUAUUUUUAAUUCAUCUGUGUCGUGUUCCACAUCACAGAUCUUGACGUUUUCUUUUGCUUCUCAUAUUUUAUGUAAGAAACACUAAACGUGUGCUGGCUCACAGAUCCGGUACAAGAGACUUAAUCAAUAUAGAUACAUGACAUGAUUAUUAUCAUUUAUUUAUUGCUUAUAGUCUGUAAAACGUCCUGUUUCUCAGGUAAGUGAGAAAAUAUAUUUUUGUGACUUGUGUGAACUGACUGUAAAUCAAAAAGUGAGAUUAUUUAUUUCUGUCUUCGGAGCAGCUCUGCCUCCAGCCGAUCCACAAACCUCCACAAACACAUUUAGAUGAGUGAACACAUGAUGCACUUUAUAUUUUACAAACACAUUUCAGAUCACAGGCUGGUCUUCAGGUCCAAACUGUCUUAAUUGCACUGGUGAUAGAUCGCUAGAAGUUUAGUUAGUUGUGUCUGAACCGGCUGCCAAGAAUAUUCACAGUGACAACACAAACAUGGUGUUUAUUCUCUUCAGUGUUAUUCAGUCGUACUGCAGUCUUUAUACUUAGUACAGUGCAACAUGUAGGAUGUUUAAAGGGUCAGUGUGUAUUUUGCAGCCAACAGAAGAAAUGAGAAAAACAAAAUCAGGAAACAAGCAGUUUUCUAAAUUUAGUUUUUCUCAUUUCAGAGAAAAAAUCUGUUGGCUGCAGAGUAGACACUGACCUUGAAUAAAGUCUAGUAGUGUUAGAGUGGAGGCUCGCUGUGUGGAAGCAAUAGCACUUUAUGAACUUUAAACGAUGCUGGACUCUGGUGUUUUAAAAUUGCACAGUGGAGAAAAAACAUUUUGUGCUUAUUAAUCGAAAACCACCAUCUUAUUGUUAGAGACAACAUAUAAACUAUGCAAAUGUUUGAAAGCUGUUAUGAUGCUUUGUGAAUUAAAACGUGAAGCUGUUUUCGGCCUAUCUGUUAUAUAUGUGGCAUUAAGAUCAGUGGAGUAUAGCAGGGUAUACCUUAUUUUACACUCUAAAACCAAGUUAAUUUAACUAAAAAAACAGUUGUAAAAAAGUUUUUUAAAAGUUCAAGUAAAACCAAGUCACAACGUUUCAGUCCUUAGACCUUCAUCAGGUAAAAACUGGGUGUAAGUUCUUGUGAACCUGUCUACAAGAGCAUGAACUGGUAUUUAUAUUAAAACAAUUAAUUGUUAAUUGUCUUUGCAGGACAAAUCGAACAUUAUGGUGAGCCAACUUGCA